CAAAUGCCAGCCGGGCAUUCCCUCUCCUCCCAGCUGCAUUGUGGGUACGAGCAGGAUGCAAAGAUGGCUGAAAAGCAGAAGCACGAUGGUCGGGUGAAGAUCGGACAUUACAUCCUGGGGGACACGCUCGGGGUCGGCACCUUCGGAAAAGUGAAAAUUGGGGAACACCAGCUGACGGGACAUAAGGUGGCUGUGAAGAUCCUAAACAGACAGAAGAUUCGUAAUCUGGAUGUGGUCGGUAAAAUCAAGCGGGAAAUCCAGAACCUCAAGCUGUUCCGUCACCCUCACAUUAUCAAGCUGUACGUAUCCGCUGUACGUCAUUGUGACACAUUAUGGUUGAUGGAAUACGUGGCCGGAGGAGAGCUAUUUGACUAUAUAUGCAAACAUGGCCGGGUGAGUGGGAGUNNNGCCUGUCGCCUGUUCCAGCAGAUCCUGUCGGCCGUGGAUUACUGCCACCGGCACAUGGUGGUUCACCGGGACCUGAAGCCUGAGAACGUCCUGCUGGACGCGCAAAUGAACGCCAAGAUCGCUGACUUUGGUCUGUCUAACAUGAUGUCAGACGGAGAGUUUCUUCGGACCAGCUGCGGCUCUCCAAAUUAUGCCGCCCCGGAAGUCAUAUCCGGAAGGUUGUAUGCCGGCCCCGAGGUGGACAUCUGGAGCUGCGGGGUGAUCCUGUACGCCCUCCUCUGCGGGACGCUUCCCUUCGAUGACGAGCACGUCCCCACCCUAUUCAAGAAAAUCAGGGGAGGAGUCUUCUACAUGCCCGAGUACCUGAACCGAUCCGUCGCCACUUUGUUAAUGCACAUGCUGCAGGUCGAUCCGCUGAAACGCGCCACUAUCAAGGACAUCAGAGAACACGAAUGGUUCAAGCAAGACCUGCCCAGCUACCUGUUCCCAGAGGAUCCCAAUUACGAUGCCAACGCCAUUGACGAUGAGGCGGUGAAGGAGGUGUGUGAGAAGUUCGAAUGCACGGAGUCGGAGGUGAUGAACAGCCUGUACAGCGGUGACCCUCAGGACCAGCUCGCCGUGGCCUAUCAUCUGGUGAUAGACAACCGAAGGAUAAUGAACCAGGCCAGCGAGUUCUACCUCGCUUCCAGUCCACCAAACGGCUCCUUCAUGGAUGAUAUGCAUAUCGCUCCUGGCCUCAAACCGCACCCUGAGCGAAUGCCGCCCCUGGUGGCGGACAGCCCGAAGGCCCGAUGCUCUCUGGACGCCCUGAACACUACCAAACCCAAGCCGUUAGCUGUGAAAAAAGCCAAGUGGCACCUGGGAAUCCGCAGCCAAAGCAAACCACAUGACAUUAUGGCGGAGGUCUACCGGGCGAUGAAGCAGCUAGACUUUGAAUGGAAGGUGGCGAACCCUUAUCACCUGCGAGUGCGGAGCAAGAACCCCGUGACCGGGAAUUAUGUAAAGAUGAGCCUCCAGCUCUACCAGGUGGACAACCGCAGUUAUCUUCUGGACUUCAAAAGCAUCGAUGAUGAAUUGAUGGAUCACAAGUCGGGUUCCUCCUCUCUCCACCGCUCCUGCUCGGGGGCCGGUCUGCACCGCCCCAGGCAGAGCAUCGACUCCACCAUAACCGACUCGCAAAGCGGAUCUGUCUACGGCUCCCUCACCAUGGCCAGCCCGCGGAUCGGCAGCCACACCAUGGAUUUCUUUGAAAUGUGCGCCAGCCUCAUUACGACGUUGGCUCGCUAACGAGCAGCGUGAUAACUGGCCGGACGAUGUACGCGGGUCUCUUUCAC